UGGUCGGCGGCAGCUCUGCUGGUGCGGGGGCGGCAAGCGCAGGACCGAGCGACCGCGGCCAGAGCGCGCCGGCCACCGCCCGCACCGCCCUUCCGCCCGCCCUCCGGACGGCCGCAGCCCUGCGGGUCUCCGCUCCAGACCCACCUCCGCCCCACCCCGCGCGCCUCUGCCGCCUCUUCUAGAGACCCAGCUUGCCGAGCGGCCGCCUCUGCCGCCGCCGCCGCCGCCACCGCACCAGGUUCCGGCCGCGGCCACCCUCCGCCGUCCAGGGCCCCUCCGUCUCGGCCCCGGGACCCCGGCUUCCCGCCAGCCCCGGCCCCGGCACCAUGUCGGAGAAGAGCGUGGAGGCAGCGGCCGAGUUGAGCGCCAAGGACCUGAAGGAGAAGAAGGAGAAAGUGGAGGAGAAGGCCAGCCGGAAAGAGCGGAAGAAAGAGGUGGUUGAGGAGGAAGAGAACGGAGCUGAGGAGGAGGAAGAAGAGACUGCCGAGGACGGAGAGGAAGAGGAUGAAGGAGAAGAAGAAGAUGAGGAAGAAGAAGAGGAGGAUGACGAAGGGCCCGCGCUGAAGAGAGCUGCCGAAGAGGAGGAUGAAGCGGAUCCCAAGCGGCAGAAGACAGAAAACGGGGCGUCGGCAUGAGCCCCCUGCCAGCGGCUGGGGCCAGAGGCCCUGGGGGCCCGGAAGGGGCUGGGGACAGACAAGUGCAGCCACUUCACCUGGCUCCCUGCCCUGGGCCCUGCGCCAGAGCUGCCACCCUCUUCCUUCUCCCUGGCUUUCUCAUUUCCCCUCCUCCAGUCACUGCCCCCUGCACCCUCACUCUGCCGUUGUUGCCACCUGACCUGCUCCGUCCAUCUCAGUCCCCAGCCGGUCCCCAGUGCCCUGCACCUUUCUUUGCUCUCUUCCUCCCUGUCCCCCACCAGCCCCCGCCUCCCUCUGGUGGCCUCUCCUACAUAACCGCUGCACCCCCCAACCUCACACCCCACCCCGCCCCUCUCCUGCCUGAUCCUUGGCUCCCCGUCAGAUCCCCUCUUCUCAGACAGCGCCAGGCCGGGGUGGGGCCGGGGUUUGGGGCCGAGCCCCACAGCUGCCCCCCUCCCCUCCCCUUUUUGUAUAAUUUAAUAAAGAAAUGGUCGCGCUUCUGUUUUUAA